CAAAAUCUUGAAUUUAUGAAAAAUUAUUUUAUCACCAUUAAUUUUGAAUUUUAUUUCAUUUUUUAUCAUGCUUAACAAGUGCUCGAGCAUUGACCCUCAUUAGGCAACAACCAAGAAAUUGGUCAAAGUCUUUGAACAGUAGCAGCAGGGUAAAGGAAGGCAUCUCGAAGUUGCCAACAAAAUUGCUUGCAAGAUCUGAUAACUUUGUAAGCAGGUGAUCUAAUAAUCUGAGGAAAACAUUGAGAAUAUCCAAACCUUGCUCUCAACUGAUUCUAAUAACUUUUUUUAUUGAAAUGGCUGAAACAGUAGUGUCAUCUGUUUUGCAUGAACUCUACCAAUUUGUAAUAGAAGAAAGAAGUUCAGUGAUAGGGGUUGAGAGAGACUUCAUUGACAUCAAAGAUGAGCUUGAGAGUAUCCAAGCCUUGCUCAAGGGUGCAGACAUAAAGGCUGCUGAUGAAGAAGGAGGAGGAGCCAAUGAAGGAGUCAAAACUUGGGUGAAGCAGCUGAGAGAAACAUCUUUUCGCAUAGAAGAUAUGAUUGAUGAGUAUAAUAUGUAUGUGGGAGAGGCACCAAAGAUCAACCAUUCUGGAUUCAUAGCCAAGAUUCAAACGCUUCCUAACAUGAUCAAAAGCAUGAAGUGGAGGUACCAGAUGGCUUCUGAGAUUCAAGACAUAAAGUCAUCACUUGUUAAAAUCAAAGAAAGAGGGCAGAGGUAUGUAGUUAAGUCUGAAAGUGGAUCAAGCAGAUCAAGAGGGUCUAAAGCUGCCAGAUUUGGUGACCCUCCAAUGGCUCUUUAUUUCAAUGAAGAAGAGACUCAACUUGUGGGGUUUGAGUCCCAAAGAGAGGAAAUGGUUAGAUGUUUGGUUGAGGGAACUGAUGAGUGCAGUGUGGUUUCUAUUGUUGGCAUGGGAGGACUGGGAAAAACUACUCUUGCUAAGCUUGUUUUUGAAGACCAGCGUGUGAAAAAACACUUUGAUUGUCGCUCUUUCAUCACAGUUUCUCAAUCCUACAAUAUGAGGGGGUUGUUGAUUGAAAUGAUAAACAAGUUUUGCAAGGACAGCAAUGAGCCUAUUCCCAAGGGUCUGCAGAUGUCAGAUGGCCAUAAGUUGAUUACUCAUGUGGGACAGUACCUUGACUCAAAAAGGUACUUGGUUUUAUUUGAUGAUGUUUGGAAAGUAAAUUUUUCUGAUGAGAUUCAACAUGCCUUAAUUGGUAGUAACACAGGAAGUAGAAUCAUUGUAACAACUAGAAGGAUGCAUGUUGCUGAAUAUUUUAAGAAAUCUUUUCCUGUUCAUAUUCACAAACUACAACCUUUGUCUCCAGAGAAAGCAUCAGAACUGUUUUGCAACAAGGUGUUUAGAGGGAAAUGUCCAAAAGAACUUGGGGACAUGUCUCAUGAACUUGUUCAAAUAUGUGGCGGACUACCACUGGCAAUUGUAGCCAUUGCUGGUCUUUUGUCAACAAAACCUAAAACUGUGUUGGAAUGGAGACAGGUGAAUCGAAAUAUUAGAAUGGAAUUAGACCGCAAUGUGCAUAUGACUCAUCUAAGAAAGAUUUUAUCAUUAAGUUAUGAUGAUUUGCCUUACCAUUUGAAAUCAUGCUUGCUAUAUUUUGGUAUAUACCCUGAGCACUACACCAUUAAACGGAAGAGACUUACUCGACAAUGGAUGGCUGAAGGGUUUGUUAGGUGUGAGGAGAGCAGAAAUCUGGAGGAAGUGGCUGAAGAGUACCUAACAGAGUUGAUACAUAGAAGUUUGGUUCAAGUUUCCAAAGUUAGUUUUGAUGGGAAAGUCAAAAGUUGUCGUGUCCAUAAUUUGUUGCGUGAAGUGAUCAUUCGAAAAAUGCAAGAUUUAAGCUUUUGUCAUUUAAUGCACGAAGAUGAUGAACAAGAAACAGUUGGAAUAACUAGGCGCUUUUCUAUAACAUCCAUCUCCAACAAUGUGUUGAGAAGCAAAAGCAACUCAGGAAUUCGUGCUAUUUUCGUUUUCGACAAAGGCGAAUUGCCUAAAGGUUUCAUGGAUGAAUUGUGUACCAAGUUCGAGCUUUUGAAAGUACUUGAUUUUGAGAAUUCUCUGUUGAGUUCUAUUCCUGAUGACUUGGGGAAUCUUUUCCAUCUAAGGUACUUGAAUCUAAACAGUACAAAAGUCAAGGUUCUUCCUAGAUCGAUUGGUAAGCUAGUCAACUUAGAAACGUUGGAUCUAAGGCAAACUAAAGUUCAUGAGUUGCCAAGGGAGAUAAACAAGCUCACAAAGCUAAGGCUUCUUCUAGCUUAUUAUAGAAAAUAUGGUCUUUAUUCUAUUUUCAACUUUACAACUGGUGUGCAAAUGCAAGAGGGUAUUGGAUGUUUGAAAUCUUUGCAAAAGCUUUACUUUUUGGAAGCAGAUCAUGGUGGAGUAGACCUCAUCCAAGAGCUCAAAAAGUUGAUACAGUUAAGGAAGUUUGGCAUAAGGGGUGUGCGACGGGAAUAUGGAAAUGCAUUAUGUGCUACAAUACAAGAGAUGAAACAACUUGAAUCUCUAAAUAUUACUGUUAUAGCUGAGGGUGAAACCCUUGACUUGGAUUUUGUAGCAGUUCCACCACCUAAUCUUAGAGUUCUCAACUUGAAAGGUAGAUUGACAAAGUUGCCUUAUUGGAUUCCAAAUCUCAACUAUCUUGUGAAGUUAAGACUCGGCUUAUCUAACUUUGAACAUGAUCCACUGGAAGCUUUGAAGAAUUUGCCAAAUUUGUUGGGGUUGAAUUUGUGGGAUGAUGCAUUUUCUGGUGAAAGUUUACAUUUUCAAGUUGGAGGGUUUCCUAAGCUGAAGGAGUUGGAUCUCACUAGGUUAAAUAGACUAAGUUCUAUAUCCAUAGACGAAGAAGCUUUACUUGGUCUUGAACACUUCAGAUUUAAAAACAACCCUCAAUUGAAGGUGUUGCCCCGAGACCUCCAAAACUUGAAAAACCUUCAAUUUCUUGGAUUUGCUGAUAUGCCAGCUGAAUUAGUUGAUAGCAUAGAGAUAGGUGGACCGUGCCAUUGGGUUAUCAAUCAUAUUCCCCUUGUACAAAUUUGUGAGAAUGUUGGAUCAAAAUUUCAUGACUAUAAGCUGCACCGCAUUCCAACUCAAUUCAAUGUCUGAAAUAUAUCAAGAUUCAAAUUCUCCAUGUUGCAGCUCACAAAAAAAGAUGUACUUUGUCUCUGCGUUCCUUUUAUGGUGUGCUCGAAUUGCCCAAUAAAUUAUUUCCUUGAAUUGAACUCAUCUACUAUAUAAUCAAGGAAUGUGUACUAUAUUAUUUCCUGUCAUUUGUGGUGUUGUCUAUUAUUGAUGGUAGUGUGGAUGCUUUUCUACAAACAGUAGAAUGUAAAUUUCUGUGGAUAUUUCAAUUUGCUAUGAAAGAUUAAGUAAAACAUUAACUUUCAUAAAAUUAAAA